AGCCCAGACCGGCUGUUUAUGUGGAUCCCGCUACCGGGAGAGCAUCCGGACCGAUGCGUGAAAAGUUCCACAGCUACCUAGGCGUAGUGGCGCGAGAAAAGGUUCCCAUUAUCCACAAUAAUUGGAAAGACGUACCUGAAACGCUAAAGGAGAUUGUGUGGAAUGACAUUCUAGCAAAGUUUGAUAUCGCAGAAGCUACGAAGGUGAAGACGAAGGUUAUGUCAACAGUAGCGACGAGAUGGCGGCAAUUUAAGUCCACAUUGACUAGCAAAUUUGUGUUUGCUAAGACUGAAGGUCAACAAACACAGGAUGUUGUGACAAAAUAUGGACUAGAUCCUGAAGCGUGGAAACAAUUUGAAGAAACCCGCCUGACACCUAACUGGGAGGGUAUUAGGAAACGAGCACAAUCAAUUCAAAAACACAACGACUGCCCUCACGUACUUUCACGUGGGGGAUAUGAUUUGCUUGAGAAGAAAUUGUUAGACCAGAAACGAAAAAGGAUACAAGAGGAAGCAUUGUUGAGUGAAAAUCCAGCAAGUGUUGAUGAACCCCCAUCCCCAAUAAAAAGGCAUGUUAAGUGGAAGGUUGCUCGGACCAGGGCUGUUGGCAAUAUGACAUCUGACUCUGCACAGGAAAUUGCAGAUAAAAUAGACUCCUUAGAAGAGCAGGUAACGCAGGGUUCGUUUGUACCCCAUGGUCGGCAAGACAUACUGAACACUGCCAUUGGACGACCUGACCAUGGGGGUCGCGUUCGGGCAGCAGGCUCAGGUGUCACUAUUACUCAGUACUACGGAAGGGCAUCAAGGACAUGCAGCAGCUCGUCCACGUCCAUCAGCCAACAACAACUAGAUGAAGUUGUUGCAAGGCUUAGGGAAGACAUGACUGGCCAGAUUAGGGAAGAAUUGAGGACUCAAAUUAAGGAAGAAUUGAGGACUCAGCUAGAAGAGGAAAAUAAAAGGAGCUUGGAAAUAAUGACCAAUGCAUUGAAAGAGGCUAUUAAAAAAGAGUUGUCAAAUAAAGGAUCCCAAGAGGCACUCCAAAUUCAGCCGGACAUACAACAACUAGGUGCGCGUGUCAGCACACAAGGAAGUAAUGCUGUUACCAAUGCGCAGGCUUCACAAGAACAUGAUGCUGAUGCCAUACCAUUGAUGGGACUGUUUGUGCAGCGUAACGAUGGUACACAAAGGUUGGUGGCCAUGGGGAAAAUAAUGGAGGGGGAUUCAAUCAUACACACAGUGGCAUAUGCAGAUGAUGUUGUCAGGGUAAGUGUAGAAACAGUUAUUGAUCCUGAGGCUGAGGUCCCCUAUGCCACCUCAGAAAUACAAUAUGUGAAGCAGGCCGUCAAUACAUUUGUAGCUUGGCCCACACACCUUGUGAAAGCUGUAUUAGAUGAGCAUCCACAACGUAUUCCACACAACGAGGAUGCACAUGUGCCGAAGCCGGCUAAUGUGAACGCAGAUGAUCCGUUGCGUGAAUUGAUGAAGUACAGUUUCGAUCUUUACGACAAGCCACUUCAAAUCAGCUUUGAUGGGAGAUUUCUUGGAAUUGUAGAUGCAUCUACAUCGAUAUUCAUCACAUAUUCAGAUGUUAUUGAAAUAAUAGCAGGAGACAAAAGUCUGAACAUAUCUGUCAUACAAUUAUGGUUAAUGUAUAUUCAUGAGUGGAGUCAGAUAUUCAGUCAAGGUUUCAUGUAUGCAUUCCUUGAGCCACAGUCGUUGGUUUGUUCAAAGGAUAGACGCAGCGAAUGCGAACAAUAUCUUGAAAGAUGGCUUAAGGAAUCUGACCGAGAGGUGUACAUUGGACCUUACUUCCAUCAGGAACAUUGGCAACUCAUAAUUUUGUGUCCUAGGCAACAUGUUGUUGUUUGGUUCUGUUCUUUGCGUAGGAAACCUGAUAUGCAUAUCAAAGCUACAAUUAAUAGUGUAAUGACAAAAUUGAAGAAGACCUUGUCUCCUGAAACUAAGGCAGUUGCACCAAAGUGGAUUGAAGUAAAGAGUCACGUUCAAACCGGCUGUUAUGAAUGUGGAUAUUACAUAAUGCAUUGGAUCUGGAACAUCAUAGCCAGCGACAUAAAGAGUGAUUGGUCCAUGUGGUUUGCUAAUGACACACCGUUGGACAUCGGCAUCAUCACCACAAUUCGAAAGAAAUGGGCAACAUUUUUUUAAAGACAGCAAUAAGUCAAAACGGCUAAUGAUGGCGUUGGAGUAUUUUUUUCCCUGUAUUUGAGACAAUUGUUAUGUUAUUUGACACAGCGGCUAUUUUAUUUUCGGUCAUGCUACUAAUAUUCUAUUCUUAGUAUUACCUACUCAAUUUCAUAUAAUUGUAGUAAUAUAUUGUCUUUACCCCCUUCUACUGCAUUGCAUCUGCAUUUGAUUACCACAGCAACAAUUUAGUGCAGCUAUAGUACCACCAAGCUUGCCACUGCAGCAGUUAAGUGAACAAAUGAAGUGUCCACAGUCAUUGGAUGGUUGCUUGGUAGAGGUACAUGCUAAUAACUAAUAAGAUUUCCUGUGCAGGGUAUCAUUGUUUUUGCAUGACUGAUGGCUACCUUGGGGCUGGAGAUUUUGGUUGAAUCUGCCUCAAGUGUUAUUUUGAAGAUGAUAUUAUCAUUUGACCUUGCUUUUGCUUUGAUUCCGCUCCUAAAGUUCAGUAGCAGCAAAGUGACUAGCAGCACAAGCAUUGAAGAGAGAUUGCAGGGAUUCCAAGGGAAGGGGACCAGGGGAUGAAAAAUAUGAUUAAAGAGAGUUCUUGAGGAGUUUGUCACAUGCUCAGGGAAGUGGAAGAUUUUGCACGAAGGUUAAAUUCUGCUUGGCCUGAAAGGAUGCAAAUUUGAUCUUUGGCCCAACACAGAAGACUAGUAACAAUUUCUAUGAAUAGCAAUGGUUCAA